AUGGGAAGUAGGUGGUUCCAACCGCCCUGGCUCGAAGUGACAGUCAAAUCUGGGAGCUUCAACAUGCUUACAAGGUUGGUGAUGUUGUCAUCUGCAGAGUCAACGCUGGAUGGACUCUCAUCUCUUGCUGGAAGUGGAGAGGUAUACUCGGAACCGGCCAUUUUCAUAGGGGUACCUCACAGAACCGAACCUGGGGCUCCAAACCAGCGGACGAAAGCGCCCUGGACGCCGAUGGCAGAAGAAGCAGAAGACCGGAGAGAGGCGCUGGACAUUUUUUUCGAGAUCUCCAGCAUCUUGAAAACCGGCUUGAGCAAGGAGUCAUUGAAUGCCCUGGUGGGUCUGUGUGAAUUGGGUGUGAAUCCUGAGGCCUUGGCGGAGGCGGUUCGUGACCUGCGCGCGCAGAAGGAGGCAGCCGCCCUGGAGGAACGACGGGCUCCCAGCGCUGCGACGCCGAGUCGGACAGGCCGCGAAAGGUGAGCCGAGAUUUCAGAACGAUGGCUGAGUAGUGAGUGGCUCAUCCCGGGAAUUGCCAGUGGCUUAGUGAAAACCCC